AUGUUAUCGUCAUCGGCGUUAUCGGAGCCCCCCGAACAGCUGCGCACUCAGCUUUCGUCACCGGACUCACCACAAGCACCGGAAAAGAAGCGAAGUCCGUCACCACCAUGGCAGCCGCCUAAACAGAAGAAACGCACUUCAUUAUCGGAAUCGACAUGGUCAAUGAUUUCGUCGUCGAUAUCGGCAGCGGAAUCAUUCAAACUACCGCAGAAGAAACGCAAUUCAUCAUUGCCAUCGAUAUCGGGCAUAACCAAACCGAUGAUCCCCAAUCCCAAUCCCAAUCCCAUACUCAAGCGCAAGUCCGCAUCGUCACCGGUGUCUAAUAUCCCAGAAAAGAGUCGCAAGUCUUCAGCGUCGUCGACCUCCACAUCGUAUCUACUUGGAAAGAGGAUCAGUAGCUCGGAGGAUAAUUCGAUAUGGGAGUCACCACUAUCCCCUCCCCCGGAUGACAAAUCGACAUGGGAGUCACCCCUGUCCCCACCACCAGAAAAGAGGCGUAAGUCAUCGGAAAAGAAGCGUAAAUCAUCCGAAAAGAGGCGGAAGUCACAUGAAAAGAAGCGCAAAUUAUCUAGAAUGUCAAUGUACUCGGAUAUAUCUGACUCACCCGAGUCCCCACCACCGGAAAAUAGUCUUAAAUUAUCUCGCAUGUCGAUGUACUCCGAUAUAUCAGACACGCCCGCCUCUCCGCCACCGGAAAAGAGGCGCAAGUCCACUGGCAUGUCAAAGGUAUCGGUGAAAUCGGAGCAAUCGGAUAUAUCGGCAAAGUCGGAGCAACCGCAGGUAUCAACCCAAUCGGAGGUAAACGAGCCAUGGUAUAUGCGCACUCUGGAUCCCAGCGCCGGGCCGAGGGGCUUCGCCCGUGGCCUGGAACCGAUCAAGGUACUGGCCGCCACCGAUGCUCUGGGCGACAUCAUGCACUUGAUGCAGUGGAAGGGAUGCUCCCAAAUUGAUCUGGUGUCACAUGAGGAGACCAGCACUUUGUGUCCCCAUCUGGUCAUCGAGUACUACGAGCAGCUUCUGUCCUGGCACAAUGUGCCAAAUCUCACGGAUGUCAUACUCGGUGUCAGUAACUGGAAGAAAAAGGGUUACGUCAACCGAUACAGAGAUAGAUAUGGCAAAAAAGGUCCACGGCCAACCGAAAUUCUGUGA